UGUCACAAUCUGACCUGUGGGUAUUAACCUGGUCGCAGCUGCUCACAGAGCAGACAGCAAGGUCAAGAGGACCAGCACAGGAAGAUGUGGAAGAGAAUUGACCAUCAACCCAAGAUCAAAGCAGGAGAUGGGCCUCAGGCAGGCCAGCUCAAGGUUCUGGGUUUAGCCCAGGACCCUGCUGUGCCCCUUCCUCUGGAGCUGGCAGGGUUCCAGAGCUUCCCUGUGUUCCAGGACAUUAGCCAUCAUAUCAAGGAAGUGGGAGCCCAGCUGGUGAAGAAAGUCAAUGCCAUCUUUCAGCUGGACAUCACCAAAGAUGGGAAGAUCAUUCUGCAGUGGACCAUUGAUCUGAAGAAUGGUUCUGGGGACAUGUACCCGGGCCCUGCCAGGCUCCCAGCAGACACUGUCUUCACAAUCCCAGAGCCUGUCUUCAUGGAGUUGGUUUUGGGUAAGAUGAACCCACAGAAGGCUUUCCUGGCCGGAAAAUUCAAAGUGAGUGGCAAAGUUCUGCUUGGCCAGAAGCUGGAAAGGGUUUUCAAAGACUGGGCCAAAUUUUAAGCAUGCAUAAAUACCAAGGAAGAACUCUCUGAUUAUGUUGAAUGGGGAUCAUGCUUAAUCUGAAGAUUAAAGUAAAAAAUAUCCACUAUUUUUACUCAAA